GCUCUCUCUCCUCUCUCUCUUUCCUCCUCGAAUCCGCCCUUUCACAGGCUACCUUCCCACCCCCAACCCAGCCAGCCAUCCCAGCUGUGCCCCCCUCCCCUGGAGCCAGGCCCGGCUUGGCUGGGAAGCCUGUGACAGCCCCCUCAGCAAGGUAGAUCCCUGCCCAGGGAGGAGAUGGGUGCGUGGUGCCGGGGGAGGGGCGGGAGCCGCAUCAUCUAACAGGUUGGUCGGGCUGGGAGGCGUCCCGCCCUCGUGGAGCUAAUGAGCACUGUGCGACAGGUGUCUGCUCCUCAGUCCCCAGCCUGCCCUGCCUGCGACCGGAGUCAGCCGCCACCACCCCUCAAAGGCUCCCUCACCCAUCCCCGCGCCCUGCCCGCUCCGGGGCCCGGGGCCCGCAAUGGCCUGCCGCUCCUGUGUCGUCGGCUUCAGCAGCCGCAGCAGCUGUGAGGUGACCCCGGCGGGUGGCCCCCGGCCUGAGGCCUCAGGAUGGGGCAGCUGCGGGGCCCCCGGGCCGAGCUUCAGCUCCAGCAGCCUCACAGGCUGCUGGGCGGCUGGCACCGUCCCCAAGGUGACCGUGAACUCCAGCCUGCUGGAACCCCUGGACCUCAAGGUGGACCCAGCGAUCCAGCAGCAGAAGCACCAGGAGAAGGAGGAAAUGAAAGCCCUCAACGAUAAAUUCGCCUCCCUGAUUGGCAAGGUGCAAGCCCUGGAGCAACGCAACCAGCUGCUGGAGACCCGCUGGUGCUUCCUGCAGAGCCAGGACUCAGCCGCCUUUGACCUUGGGCACCUCUACAAGGACUACCAGGGCCGGCUACAGGAGGAACUGCGAAAAGUGAGCCAGGAACGAAGCCAGCUGGAGGCCAACCUGCUGCAGAUGCUUGAGAAGGUGGAGGAGUUUCGGAUCAGGUAUGAGGAUGAGAUCUCCAAGCGCACAGACCUGGAGUUCACCUUCGUCCAGCUGAAGAAGGACCUGGAUACAGAGUGUCUUCGAAGGACGGAACUAGAGACCAAGUUAAAAGACCUGCAGAGCUUUGUGGAGCUGAUGAAAAGUAUCUAUGAGCAGGAGCUGAAGGACCUGGCAGCCCAAGUGAAGGAUGUGUCGGUGACCGUGGGCAUGGACAGCCGCUGCCACCUCGACCUGAGCGGCAUCGUGGAGGAGGUGAAGGCCCAGUAUGAUGCCAUCGCGGCUCGCAGCCUGGAGGAAGCAGAGGCGUACUCCCGGAGCCAGCUGGAGGAGCGGGCCGCCUGCUCAGCCAAGUUGGGGAACAGCCUCCAGAGCAGCCGCAGAGAGAUCGCUGACCUCAACGUGCGCAUCCAGAAGCUCCGAUCCCAGAUUCUCUCCAUCAAGAGCCACUGCCUGAAACUGGAGGAAAACAUCAAGGCAGCGGAGGAGCAGGGAGAGCUGGCCUUCCAGGACGCCAAGGCCAAGCUGGCCCAGCUGGAGGACGCCCUGCAGCGGGCCAAGAAGGACAUGGCGCAGCAGCUGCGCGAGUACCAGGAGCUGAUGAAUGUCAAGCUGGCCCUGGACGUGGAGAUCGCCACCUACCGCAAGCUGGUGGAGGGCGAGGAGAGCCGGAUGGACUUGCCCCCAGCCACCAUGGUCAGCGCUGUGAAGUCCAGAUCCAGAACCGCCACCACCAAGUCCGGCCUCUCCAGAGCCCCCUCCCGGAGAAGGAAGAACAGAAAGGGCCCCGUGAUCAAAAUCACCGAAAUGUCAGAGAAAUUCCUCUCACAGGAGUCAGAGGUCUCCGAGUAAAGCUGCUGCCUGGAUCCCAGGAGCCCCAGCUCACUCCCGGCAGCAGGAGGGACUUAAGCUAGACUCAGCAAAGCGGCUUGGAGCCUCUAGAUUGGCAAGGGAGGCAAACCCGAUCCUGAACUGAAAAGAGGAGUCUUGAAAACAGUGACUGCUUUUUUGCGGGUUGCCAGGGAUGGGACAGGAUUGUCGCCAGCUCUUCAGAGUCACUCAGCUCCGUAUCAAUAUCUCACCGCCCUGUCCUUCCACCCUCCGGCCAGAGGUUUUCCUGAAUGGGUAACCUGGAAAGGGGGUCCAUUUGCCUCCACCUUCCGGCUCCUCUGAGGUUCCUCCCCCAGCAGAGGGCUCCGACCGGGGUUCCUUGACCCUUUGCCCAGCGCUUGCCCUAAACGCACAUCUCAAGCCUUGGCUUGCAUCUGCCUCGGAAUGGAGGCAGGCGCCCUUGUUGACCCAGCCCCAGCCAGCCACAGACCAGGGGCUGAUGGGGACUGCGUGGGCACCCUUCUGUAUCUGGAGUUCCUGGAGAGGCUGGGUGCUGAGGACCCCCGGCUUUCCUGCACCACCUGGGCUCCCCAGAAACUGACAGUAUUAGGGAGCGAGGGGAGGAGGUGCCCUGGGUGUUUGGGACCUGAGCUCAGAACUCUGAGCUCACCCCAGACCCCUGUGCCCCUUCCCUCCUCCUGUGAGUCCGUCCCAGCAGGUCACAGUCAGAACUGGACAGCCUGCCCAGCCAGCUCCCAGCACCUUCUCUAGAAGCUGUUCUUGCCAUAACCAACUCCCUAGGGGCUUGGGGAGUCAGAUGACAGCCAGAGACCAAACCAGGUCCCCCUCUCUCCUCCUUGCUGCCUGGGGUUCAACACCUUGCCUGGGAUCUGAGCUCUCCUGCCCAGGGGUUUCCCAGCCUCAAACCUGGCUUGGGAAGUUCCUGUUGUGGCUCAGCAGCAACGAACCCGACUAGUAUCCAUGAAAUCUCAGGUUUGAUCCCUGGCCU